AAUAGUUUAUCAUUGUGUGCCUGAAUAGCGCCAAAAGUUGCGUUUUUCAAGCAGCUUUCAGUUGCCAGUACUUGGUAAAAUAACUUUUACUAUCAACAAGCUACAAAUACCAAGCGUCAUGCUUUGGCCUUUGGUGGUGUUUGUUUUAUCUAUUGCAGCAACAGUUCAAGGUCAAGGUCAAUGCCCUACUGGGUGGUUACUUCAUGCCGAUAAAUGUUGGUAUUUUUCCGACCAAGCACUUGGCCAUGAGAUAGGAAUGAGUUGGGCAGAUGGGGAAUCCUGGUGUGAACAGAAUAAUGCGAACCUCGCUGUCUAUGCUACAGCAGAAGAAAGAGAUUGGGUGUUCAACAAUUAUCUUGUUAACUGGCAAGACACAAAAUGGUGGAUCGGUUUAAAUGAUUUACAAACGGAAAAUAAUUUUGUUUGGUCAGAUGGAAGUACUUUAGGGGCAGGCGUUCCCGAUUGGAAGCGAGGCGAACCAAACAACUCUGGCCAGGAGCAUUGUGUUGAGGUUUGGGUUACCAGGGGUUAUCAAGGAAAAUGGAAUGAUGUCAGUUGUGAUAACAUUAAUCCAUUCAUCUGCAGCAAACCUACUGGGGAUACCACCAGUUGUCCAAUAGGUUGGACACAAAAUGCGCAGAAUUGUUACAAAGCUAUGUCAUCAAGUUUACAAUGGCAAGAAGCUACUGAAGAUUGCCGCAAGCAAGGCUCUUUGUUGCUUUCUAUUGCAAACGAUGCUGAACAAAGUUUUGUGUCAACUUUUAUUGCUGGCUCUGGUGAUUACUGGCUUGGAUAUUCUGAUGUGGAUACACCAGGAACAUUACAUUGGUCCAACCCUGCAUUAGCACAAAGCACGUAUGCGCAAUGGGCUUCAGGACAACCACUGAGCAAAACACCAUAUGCUGGUAGCACAUGUGUCAAAGUAACUCAAGAACUUGGAUAUAAAUGGAGUGAAAUAAAAUGCAGCAAUGAAUUAAAAUAUGUUUGUCAAAGAGGUCUUGCAGGCCGUUGUCCCUAUGGUUGGACAUUACUUGGGAGUAAAUGUUAUGAGUUUGUUAUCAACGCAAAUCGUGCACAAACUUGGUAUGAUGCAAAUAGUCUGUGUCACAAGACUGGCGGAAAACUGCUGGAAAUCUUAGAUGCAACUGAGCAGGGAAGGAUAAACAGUAUGUUGGAGCAAUAUCAGGACGCUGGCUUUCAAGAAAUCUGGUUAGGAGCAUCUGAUGCCGCACAAGACGAUACUUUCCUGUGGUCUGAUAAUACUCCAAUUGUUUAUUAUGAUUGGGAUGUUACUAUGCCACAAACUGUUCCAGGUAGAGAUGAUUGUGUGAGUAUUUACACCGGAAAAACUUCACAAAACUGGGAGACAUCAAGCUGCUUCUAUUUACGACCGUACAUUUGUGAACUACCAGAAGGAACAACUAUAUCUGUGGAUCCUAAUCCUGUUUCUGGAACUUGUGACUCGGGCUGGAGACAUUUUGGCAACAAUUGUUAUUUCAUUGGUGAUGCUGAGAAACAACAGGCUGAUGCUCAAAGUUUUUGUGCUAAAAGUGGAGCGACGUUAACAAGCGUGUUUAAUGAAACAGAACUCAGCUUCUUAGUUGGUCAUGUUACGCAAGACAGUUGGAUCGGCUUAACUUACACAAGUGGUUCAUAUAUAUGGAUGGAUGGAAAUGAUUCUCCAUUCAGAAAUUGGGAUCUUACACGCCCCACCAAUCAGCCAUGUGUUAAGAUGAAUGAUAUUGGUAUAUGGAUUGAUGUGGCUUGCACUGAACUCUACACGUUUGUCUGCAAGAAACCAGAAAUCCCCACUUCUCCACAUGAAGUCACUCUACCCCCCACUGGCGAUCCAACAGACGUUGAGAAAUGUGGUGGCAAUGGCUGGUUCUCGGAUCCGGAAUCUAACCAAUGUUACUUGGUAAAUGCACUGCAGUUGCGCACAUGGUUUGAUGCUAGGUUUGCUUGCCAGUAUCAAGGUGGUGACUUGGUGUCAAUCAACACACCAAAAGAACAAGCUUUCUUAUCAAGGGUGGUUGGAGAAAUUCCUACAGUGGCCGACUUAUGGGCUGGUGGAAAUGAUUUCAACAGCUGGAAACACGAUAUUGCUAAUGUGAUUGACCAGGGUUGGAUGUGGUCGGAUAAUUCACCAUUUAAUUAUUUGAACUGGAACGACGGUGAGCCAAAUAAUUCCGGUGAUGAAGAUUGUCUUGAAAUUUACCUCGCAACUGGAAGGUGGAAUGAUGUUGAUUGUUACAGCUAUCGACAUUACAUGUGUGAGAAGACUGGCAUAACAAACAGUAUCAUUGGAACUGAUGUAACAGACUCGGACUGCAAAAGCAAUGAAGCAUGCUGUUUUAAACAUCUUGGUGUUGAAUUUGGUGGUGCAAUACCUGACAGUGCAAUAACAGCAUCAUCAGUUGCAAGUGUAUAUUUCAAUGCAUCUCGUGGGAGGUUGAACACACCGGCAGAUGUUAUUAUUAUCGAUCAGGAUCAUGCGUUCGGCACUGGACAUGGUUGUUGGACCCCGAAAGGGGGCGAUCCGAAUCCGUAUCUUCAAGUUGACUUUGAAACUCACAAUGAGUUAAAAGGAAUUAUAACACAGGGAAGAAAUGGUCUUAUUCCGUAUACCGAACGCCAAUGGGUGAAAACAUACAAGAUAGCUUACAGUCAAGAUCCAGAUAAUGUAGGAGCAGCAGUUGUGGAUUGGGAAUGGCUCUCAGAUUCAACAGGAGCUCCAAUUAUUUUUAAUGGAAAUUCUGACCAAGACACACAAGUUACUAACCUGUUCCCACGACCAAUCAUUGCCCGCCAUGUAAGGUGUCAUCCAGUUGAAUCAAAAGACAACAUCGCGUUGAGAUUAGAAUAUAUUGGGUGUCGGGCAUCGUGUUUGUUCAAGAUAGGAAUGAACUCGGGCUAUAUUCAAGACAACAUGAUCUCGGCAUCUUCUUUUGCUCAAGGAAAGGAAGCAAAACAAGCUCGUCCUCCAGUAGAUAAGGCCGAAUGUCUUGCUAAUGCAAAGGAUGAUGGAGAAAGUUAUAGGGGUUGGAUCUCAAAGACUCAAGAUGGAACUGUUUGCCAGAAAUGGUCGUCUCAAACUCCCCAUUCACAUGACAGAACACCACAGAAUUAUCCAGACUCUGGUUUAGUGAGCAACUUCUGCAGGAAUCCUGAUGGUGAAAAAGGUCCAUGGUGUUACACUACAGAUCCUAAUGUUAGGUGGACUUACUGUACAGUACCUGUUUGCCCAAGUUAUGUUGCCGCUGGAUGGACACCUUUAACUGUAAACGCAGCUCAGUGGGUUCAAGUACAAUUUGAUUCUUACUACAAGGUAUCUGGCAUCACCAUGUACGGAAACACAGCAACAUAUGUAUCUCAGUAUGUUUUCCAAUUCAGUGAUGAUGGAAUUAAUUUCUCAACAUAUAAAUCACAGAAUGGAGAUGAACAUAUCUUCAAUGGAUUAGAUGGUCAAGGAAGUGAGUUUACCGACAUUCUCCGUGAACCAAUAACAACAAUGUAUGUUCGUGUUCAACCACGGAAGUGGGUGGGAACUAUCAGGAUGCAAUUUGAAAUCAAUGGAUGUUAUAUUAAUCAGCGAUACUCAUGCUCUGACAGAGCAACAGAGGUCGAAGACACCACAUACACGAUUGAUUGUCCAUCUGGUUGUGUUGAAGAUACUUCACGUGGUGUGGUGUAUGGAACAACAACAUAUACUGAGAGUUCUGCUAUGUGUCCAGCUGCUGUACAUGCAGGUAGAGUUACAAACCAACAUGGUGGAUCAGUGAAUGUUGUCAAAGUAACGGGUCAAUCUUCAUAUACUGGUUCAUUUGCAAAUGGAAUAAAAUCAGAAGAUUUUACAGCUUCACAUUUAUCAAUGCAGUUUGAUGGAAGUGUAUAUCGCUGUGACAAGGACUGGAAAGCAUGGAAGGACCAUUGUUAUUAUUUCUCGCCUAAGAACGUUGCAAUGGAUUGGCAUGAUGCGCAAGCUGACUGUCAAAGCCGUGGUGCUAACCUUGUAUCUAUUCUAUCUCUUGCUGAAAACGACUUUAUUGAGUCAAUGAUAACUCAGGGAGAUCGUGGUGGUGAUGUUUGGAUUGGAAUGAAUGACCUUCGAACACAGAAUUAUUACGAAUGGGUUGAUGAUAGUGUCGUCACCAUGACUAAGUGGAAUUUCAGAGAACCAAAUGGAAAGGGAGAAAGAUGUGUCAACAUUUACCGACUACUUGGAUAUUGGAAUGACAAUAGUUGUGAUGCAACUCUUCCUUAUAUUUGUAAACAAGAGAAACAACUUCUUCCACCCAUCCCCCCAGAUGAAGUGGUUAUUGAUGAGGGAUGUGAUGCUGGUUGGAGUGGAUAUGGAUCAUCAUGUUACAAAGCAAGUACAGACGAAUACAUGUUCAUUUAUUCCAACCGACAUUGUGAAGAGAUUAAUAGCAACUUGGUCAGCAUACAUGAUGAUUAUGAACAAGCAUUUGUGCAUUCACUUGUUACAACCACCAUUCCACCUGGUUUGGGAUACACAGCAUGGAUUGGAUUGGCAGCAAAAUCUACAAUCACUGGUGAACCUUAUUAUACGUGGGAGAACGGAGAUCCAGUCACUUACACACAUUGGGGAACUGACCAACCAAGUGUAAGAUUCCAAUGUGCAUUCCCAUUCACCUACAAAGAUCAUACUUUCACUGAAUGCACAACCUUCGAACACCCAGCAAGGUUGGAGAACACACCAUGGUGUAGCAUAGAUCCUGUAUAUAAGGGCAGAUGGAUCAACUGUGGUACUGGCGAUGAAUAUGGAUGCACAUUUAUGAACGAUCAAACAGGUUUUUGGGAGAUUGACAUUUGUGGUCAGAAUCGAUAUUAUGUUUGUGAAAAAGACAGGGUUGGUUUCACACAACCAGUUCUAACUACUUUACCCACAACUGGUAACUGUUACCCUGGUUGGCAUGGAGAUUCAACAACAGCUUAUUGUUACCAGAUAAAUGAGUAUGAUGAUGCUAAUCGUAACCAGCGACUAACUUGGUACGACGCUCGUGAUUAUUGCCGAGCGCAAGGGGGGGACCUUGUGUCUGUCCACAGUUCUGAAGAGCGGGAUUCUAUUAUCAACUUUGUUACAAACGGAGCAGUUGGUUCUUACACUUAUUUCUGGAUGGGUUUGAACAACUUGGGUUUAAAUACUGGAUACCAAUGGACAGAUGGUAGUGCUGUAUCCUUCACUGAUUGGUCAGUGGGUGAACCAAAUAAUGUAAAUGGUGAAGAAAACUGUGUUGAAUGCCAAUUCUAUACUGAUUCAUACACGUGGAAUGAUCUAAGUUGUGAUACUUCAAGAAAUUUCAUUUGUAAAAUAAUUAAAGACAAAGUUCCAUCCACCCCUCCACCACCUCAAGAAGACCUUGGUUACCCAGACCCUAACAAUUGUGGCACAGAUGAAACAUGGCUUCGCUUCAAAACCUCGUACAACUCUGAGAAAUGUUACGCUUUCAUAUCAUCAACUGAAUAUGGAUGGAGUUACGCGCAACAAAGCUGUUUGGGCAAAGGAGGGAAUCUAGUGGCCAUUCAUAGUGAAGAUGAAAACGCCUUUGUCACAAACAGAGCCCAAAAAGCAACAGCAGGGUCUAUGUGGAUUGGACUUCGUGAUGUUGGAAGCAGAGCAUUUUACUGGGCUGAUGGAAGUAACCUUGAUUAUGUGAACUGGGCACCAAGUGAACCAAACAACUUCUAUGAUAGUGAAGGAUGCACAGUGGUGUCUUCUGAUACUGGAAUGUGGAAUGAUGAUAAUUGUGGACGACUUUAUGGAUAUGUUUGUGAGAAAUAUGUUGGGGCUUCAUCUGUCACAGUACCACCUACAGCGCAAGCUACUGGGAACUGUCCAACAGGAUAUGUACCUUAUGGCAAUGCCUGCUACAUGACACCAGGAGAUAGUGUCAAAUAUGAUUGGACCACUGCAAGACAGUGGUGUACGAAUAACUCUGCUGAGUUGGCAGUGCUGGGUAAUGAGUAUGAACAGGCAUUCUUGGAGCAAUACUUAUGGGGAAAAGGUGACUCAUUCUGGAUUGGUAUGACUGACCGUGAACAAAACUCAAAUGCUUUUGUUUGGAUUGACCAAUCUGAAGUUAGCUACACAAACUGGGCUCCAGGAGAACCUAACGGAUAUUCUGAAGGAUGUGUUUUAAUGAAAGUUAACACUGAUGACAAAGGUGCAUGGUUUGACAUGGAUUGUAGCACACAAACUUCAUUUGCUUGUUAUGUUCGGAAGUCCAAUGGUAACCCUCCCCCACCAGUAACUGUCAGUCCAAUUGGUUGUCCAGCUGGUUACUAUAGUCUGGUAUCUGGACAGUCUUGCUUUAAACUUGUUGAUCAACCCGCUUCAUGGAGCGAUGCAAAGACAGCCUGUAGAAAUGAAGGUAGUGGUAUUGAUAUUGUAAGCAUCGCUGAAGUUUAUGAGAAUGAUUUGUUGAAGAGUUGGCUUUGGCGCGGAGUUAAGAGCGGUAACUCGCUUUGGUUGGGCAUGACCUUCCAUUCAGAGCUUGUUGACACCAUCACGGAAACAACAUUCUCGUGGUCAGAUGGUUGGCCGACCAUGUACACCAACUGGGGAUUAAAUGAACCACUUCCAGAUGCUGUGAAUUCUGGCGAUGGGUGUGUUAAGAUGAACAAGGAUGGAACAUGGUCUGCGGUAUCAUCAUCAGGAAGCACAUCAUGCAGCACACCAAUGCCAUAUGUAUGUAAGCAAUCCUUUGCACCAAUCCCAACAACCCCCUUCCCUGGAACUGGAGAUUGUGAUCCAGGAUUUUUCGCUUUUGGCCAAUUCUGCUAUUACAUUGAGUUUGGAUUGACCGAUGAAGCGACUCGAUCUUGGUAUGAAUCCACUUACAUGUGUGAGGAGCGUGGAGCGACACUUGCCAGCUUCCACAGUAGCGAUGAAGUCCAAGCAGUCAUUUCAUAUAUCAAUGGAGCUAACUCGCAUAAUCUGUUUAUUGGAUUGUCCAGUGAUGGAUUCGAUGGCUGGCAAUGGAAAGAUGAAACACCUGCCGAUUAUUUUAACUGGGGUCAGUAUGAACCUAAUGGACAAGAAAAUGAGGAAUGCGUUGAGAUGUAUCCAUGGGAUGGAACAUGGAAUGAUGUCAGUUGUUUCGAAACGAGAGGAUUUGUUUGCAGAAAAGCAAGAGAUUAUACAAGGUGUAACGUACCAUCUAAGUACAGACUGGAUUGUGGGUUUGAUGGAAUAGAUGAAUCUUACUGCGUAUCAAGACGUGGUUGUUGUUGGGAUCCUGAGUUUGUUGGCGGGAACAACACUGGCUGUUUCUAUCCUGAAGGUACUGCAGCAGGACCAUCAGGCAUUCCUGUUGCUCCAUCACAAAACCCUGUAGGUGGUGGUUUAUCUGGUGGUGCAAUUGCCGGCAUCAUCAUUGGGGUUAUUGUGGCCAUUGUAUUGGUUGGAGUUGGUAUUUAUUACUGUAGAGGCAGCUCAGGUAAGAGCUUGCCAUCUGUGAGCCUUCCAUCAUGGUCUGGUUCGUCAACAACUACUUCUGCACCACCUGCAAGUGAAGGAAAGGGUGGAUUCGAAAAUCCUAUGUCUUUAGAUGAUACCGGGAAUAUCCACAGCAUAGCAUGAAAAUGCAGCUUCUACUUGAACUCUUGUAAUAUUUAAUACUAAAUGGUUGUGUAAAACGAAUACUGUUUCAUAUAUCUAACGUGUUUUAUUUACGUUAAUUAAUCGUUUUCAAACCUUUGAGUUCGAAUAAGAUAGUUUCUGAUGUUAUCGUUUUUCAUAUCACUACGUUUUUUUGAAAAUGUCGAAAUUUAUUCUGAAUGAAAUAAACCAAUAUUCUCACGAAGA